AUGGUACACAUAACAACUGACACAGGUGGCUGCAAACUUGAACCUGAUGACGAGGACAGAGUCCAGGCAAUUGCCGCGAUUGAUUCGGGAACGCAGACUAUCCAACAAAACAACAAUGAGUUUGAACUGCAGUUUGCGGGACGCUUGUCUCUCCGAUCCAGAGACUACAGCCACUCGACAGAGUUCCAGCAGGACUGGCGCACUGUUGCUGACCCUAGCUGGGAGCAUCUCACCUUUGGCACCAACAAUACCGCCCAACAAGCAAACAAUAAUAUAGGCGAUGACCCCGAUGCCGUAAAGACCUUCGCGUGCCCCUUUCUGAAGCAUGAUCCAACCAAGUACAAGAGCUGGAAAUGCUGCAACACGUGGAAUGGAUGGCCAACGGUCCCCCGCGUCAAAGAGCACCUGUACCGGAGGCAUUUACUGCCGAAGAACAUCUGCCCAAGGUGCAGAGAGCACUACCAAUCCGACGAUGAGCUAGUCGUUCAUCUAAGAGACGACCCUCGAUGCGAGAAGCGAGCCAUGGAACCCCACGAUGGGAUCGAUAUGGCGACGGAGAAGAGAUUGAGGGGGAGAGUGAGAGAACCGAAUCUAUCUGAUGAAGUCAAAUGGACCAAAAUUUAUAAGCUCCUCUUCCCCGAGGAUACUUCAACUCCAUCUCCAUGUAUGUACCAGCUGCUCUCCCUCCAGGUCGAGAACAUACAAAUCAUGUCUUAUACAAUUGCAGUCCACGAGAGAUCCUUAGCCGAAUAUAAUGCCAGAUUCAAGGCUGAGUUGAACUAA